UCUAUUUAUGUCAUCGAUGAUUCGCCAAAAAUAAACGCAAAUGAUACGUCUGGAUGGUUUCACAUCGUCUAUAAUACAAUGCACAAGCAGCUCUUGGAUCAUUCUGAAAAUGAGCACUAACUGAAUUGCAAACUACGAUUUUAAUUGCAGUGUCAAAGUUUCAGGAAAUCAAAUUAUUCACCAAAUUAGUCACUCUUGGAAACUCGUUUUAAAAACUUAGGUUUAUCUCUCUCCAACUCGGUUGUAAAUUGUCAACAAACGAAAGAGUCUUUCUAUCAUGACAAAGACAAAUAUGACUGCACAGGAGUGGAAAGAGAAGGGCAAUGAAGAAUUUAACAAAGGCAAUUGGUUUGAAGCCUUGAGUUACUACACAAAUGCAUUGAAACUAGUAAACGAAGAUAACGCUGACAAAGCAUUGUACUACAAAAAUCGAGCUGCCGCUCAUUUAAAAUUAUGCGAUUACGAAAACGUAAUUAAAGACUGCGACAAUGCCUUAAAGAUAUGUUCUAAUGAUCCCAAAGCAUUGUUUCGUAGAUGUCAAGCAUUAGAAGCAUUAGAAAGAUUUGAGGAGGCAUAUCGAGAUGCAAGGAAUAUUAUUUUAUCUGAUCCCAAUAACAAAAUUAUUCAGCCCAUAGUGGCACGCUUACAUGAAAUUGUACAAGAACGUCAUAAGGAAAAUUCACGUAUUAGUGCCAAAGUAUCACAAAUGUUAGAUCUAGCAUUUAACGUGAACGCAGAUAAAGAAAAACGUGAAACCGCUAUGAAUAAUCUACUUGUGCUCGCACGUGAGAAAGCUGGUGCCGAGGAGAUCUUUAAACAAAAAGGUUUCAAAAUAGCAGAGCUUGUGAAAAUCGAAAAGAGUGAAGAAGUAAUUUGUAGCGCGAUUCGUAUUGUAGGCGAAUUAUGCAAAAACAAUAUUAGUCGAACUGAGUUUAUUAUAAAAAAUCUUGGUGUGUCUUGGUAUUUAGAAAUGAUGAACAGCACAUCUACAGAGAGAGUCAACGCAUCUCAAUAUUGUUUACAGAAUAUACUGAAUGCUUACAGUGGUAUGGAUAAUAAACCUGAUUCUAAACCCGAUAAGGCUUUGUGCGAGACACAUAAGAAAGAAAUAGACACGAUUCUGUCGUGUUUAUUGUACAGUAUAACGAAUAGAACAAUAACAGGCCUUACAAGAGACGCUAUAAUAGAACUUAUUAUGCGUAACAUUCAUUAUACUGCAUUAGACUGGGCUGAACGAUUGGUCGAGCUUCGCGGUUUGCAGAGAUUGAUGGAAGUGGCCAGUGAAAUGGAAGAAUAUAAAUAUGAAUCCUCAAUGAACAUAACGUCUUCCACGCGAACUAUAACUAGUGUGUGCUUAGCUAAAAUAUAUGAAAACAUGUACUAUGAUGCUGCUAAGGAGAAAUUUAGCAAUGCUAUUGAUGAGUUUAUUAAAGAUAAAUUGCUUUCGCCUGACAUAGAAUCCAAGGUACGUGUUGUAGUUGCGAUAACAACUUUAUUAUUAGGCCCACUAGAUGUUGGAAAUGCAGUUGUGGCUAAAGAAGGGAUUUUAGAGAUGAUUCUCGUUAUGGCAGGAACGGAUGAUGUAUUGCAGCAAAAAGUGGCUUGUGAAUGUAUCGUGGCUGCUGCGACUAAAAAAGAUAAGGCCAACGCAAUCAUAAGUCAAGGUGUAAAUAUAUUAAAGAAGCUGUAUUUAUCUAUGGAUGAUUCAAUUCGGAUUCGAGCAUUAGUGGGUUUGUGCAAGUUGGGCAGUUCUGGAGGCACGGAUGCGACUAUUAGACCAUUUGCGGAUGGAGCGACAAAGAAAUUGGCCGAAGCUUGCAGACGGUUCUUGAUUAAUCCCAAAAAAGAUAAAGAUAUGAGAAAAUGGGCUGUAGAAGGUCUGUCAUAUCUCACUUUCGACGCUGAGGUCAAAGAGAAGUUGAUCGAAGACCAACAAGCCGUACAAGCGAUGAUUGAGCUCGCCAAAACUGGCGAUCAGUCGGUUCUCUAUGGCGUGGUUACGACAUUGGUAAACUUAUGCAACGCUUACGAUAAGCAAGAGCUCAUACCAGAGAUGAUAGAAUUGGCAAAGUUUGCCAAACACCAUAUUCCCGAGGAACACGAACUGGACGACAUUGACUUCGUAAAUAAAAGACUAUGCACGUUAACGAAGGCUGGUGUGACCGGCGCUCUGGUGAGCCUCGCCAAAACGGAGAGCCAGAACAGCAAGGAAUUGAUAGCCCGCGUUUUCAACGCGAUAUGUAGUCAACAGGAAGUGAGAGGAAUGAUCGUCCAACAAGGUGGUACGAAGGCUUUGCUGCCGUUAGCGUUGGAUGGCACAGAUAAGGGAAAGAAGCAAGCCUCGCAAGCCCUGGCUCGUCUGGGAAUCACGAUAAAUCCGGAGGUCGCAUUUCCCGGUCAGAGAAUCAUGGAAGUUGUCCGGCCGUUCGUAAAUCUCCUGAACCCGGAGUGUUCUGCUCUCGAAAAUUUCGAGAGUCUAAUGGCUUUGUGCAAUUUAGCUGGCGUCAACGACAGCGUGCGAAAACGUAUAUUGAAGGAGGGAGGAUUCCAGAAAAUCGAGGCCUAUAUGUAUGAGGACCACGAUAUGUUGAGACGUGCGUCCACACAAGUAAUAAACAAUUUGAUAAUAUGCGAGGACAUAAUUCAAUAUUUUGAACAAGAAAAUGAUCGAGUCAAAUAUCUCGUAAUAUUGUGCGAGGACGAAGAUGAAGACACUAGUAUAGCAGCGGCUGGAGCUCUAGCAAUGCUGACGUCUGCCAGCCAAAAGGCUUGCGAGAAAGUUUUUGACUCGAAAGAUUGGCUGGAAUCUCUGCGCUUUUUACUCGCUAAUCCAAAUAGCGACGUACAACAUAGAGGUGUUGUAAUUGUGCUAAAUAUGAUGAGAAGCACGAAAGACGUCGCUGCAAAACUCAUUGAAACGGACAUAAUGGAACUGUUGAUGGCAUUGAGCAAAAACGAUAAUAUACAAAAUGAGAAGAUCAGGGAAUUAGCAUCCACUGCUUUAGAGGCUGCUGCGGAAUGGAAACUAAUCAAGAAAAAUGACGAAGAAAACGAAUUGUCACAAAGCACUAGUGCAGAACAUGUCGAUUAA